CGUUCGAGGAAGCGGAUAGCAAAGCGCUGAUUGGCUGAGUGGGACGCGCUGGAUGGGCGCGGCUUGCAUAUGAAUAAGGCCACGCGGUCGCCGAUUGGCUAAGACGCACGUAGUCGGAAACGUUCGAACCUAGCGGAGGAUGGCGGCCGCGGCUACUUUUUUCCGCCGCCUCGGGGCGCUGAGCGGGGCGUCGGCGGUGGGGGCGGCCGCUUAUGGGGCGCACGGCUUCCAUCCCAAGGAACAGCCGGAGUACCUGAAAGAGUUGUACGACACAGCCAAUAAGUACCAUUUCCUGCACAGCCUGGCUCUCUUGGCAGUGCCCCACUGCCGCUACCCUAUGCUGGCUGGCGGAAUCCUAUCGACGGGCAUGGGGCUCUUCUGCGGACCCUUUUAUUACCACGCGAUGACCGGCCAGCCAGCCUUCACCCACGUGGCACCCUACGGCGGGAGCCUCCUCAUCCUUGGCUGGCUGGCCUUGGCUCCCUAACGACCCCUGGCCAAUCUCCGUCUGUGUGUCCCCCCCCACUCCAAGGCUGGCCAAACCAAGAACCUCUGCUCUGCCCACUGGACCUUCCCACCAUUCUCCAUUUUUUUGGGGGGGGGGUGUCAGGAAGGGGCUUGGGCCAAGCCUGGAGCAGCGGAGGCCUCUCCCAAAACCUGCACUGGAAUUAAAUCCUGGAAGAGCCGAAUCGUCUCUUUUUUAAAAACAAAACAAAAAAAAUGAUUAAAUUAAUAUUAUUGUGACUCCAGAUUUGUAACGGGGAGGAAUGGGGCCGUGCCGAGGCUGUUCGGCUUUGGGCGGCUGUACAGAAUCAUGCAGCUUUAAUUGUGAUUUUAAUAAACGGGCUUGCUUUUA